AUGGCUGUAUAUCGCUCCUCCUACCCAGAUCUCGACAUCGAGUCGAUCGAUCUGGUCUCCUACCUGUUCUCCAAUCCCUUCAACACUCCCCUCGAUAGACCGAUGUACGUCGAUGCCGUCUCCGGCAAAACAUAUACCUUUGGCGAUGUCAUUCAGCGCACCCGUUCGCUCUCAAACGGGUUGCGACAAAGCAUUGGCGUGAAGCCGAAUGAUGUUGUGGCCUUCUUCAGCCCCAACUCGAUCGAAUACCCCAUUGUUUGCCACGCAUUGAUCGGAUCGAGGGCAAUCGCCUCUCCCACGAGUGCGGCAUUGACCGCACUGGAGCUGAACGCUCAGCUGAAGACCAGCGGCGCGCGAUUCGUGAUUGUUCAUUCGUCGCUGCUGCAGACAGCGCAGAAGGCAAUCAAGGGAACCUCGGUCGAGAGAAUCGUCAUGGUUGACGGUGACUCCUUCGAUGGCAAGCCCACCUGUGAGAAGAUGGCUAGCACCUUCGCCCCAACCGAGUUCCUGACGGUCAACCCCGCCGAUGCCAGCCGCCAGGCGACCUUCAUCUGCUUCUCUUCCGGAACGUCAGGUGCCGCGAAGGGUGUCAUCACCACCCACCAGAACAUGACUUCCAACCUGCAACAAUGGCGUUCCAUCAUGCUCGAGUCCGGCAACCCCUCCCAGCGACCCUCGAGGAGCUCCGCCAUCGGCUUCCUGCCCUUCAGUCACAUCUACGGACUCAACCUCUUCAUCUGCCAGUGUCUCAUCUGGGGCACCACGGUUGUCGUCAUGCCCAAGUUCGAUCUCGAUGCUUACCUCGGCUAUAUCCAGCAAUACCGCCCCGAUGAGCUGUCCAUCGUGCCCCCCAUCGCUUUGAUGCUGGUCAAGGAUCCCCGCGUCGGCAAGUACGACCUGAGCAGCGUGCGCAAGAUUAUGUCCGCCGCGGCUCCCCUUACCAUCGAGCUCUCAACGGCCCUCGAGGCCAAGUUCAAGGAACUGUGGAACACCGAGGUCUUCUGUACCCAGUGCUGGGGCCUGACGGAGACAUCGCCCCUCGCGACUGCCAUCCCCAACGACCACAUCGAGAAGCGCCUCACGGGAGUUGGCUGUAUCGUGCCGAACAUGGAGUUCCGCUUCGUGGACCCCGACUCGAUGAAGGAUGCCGAGGUCACCUCGAGCGGAUCGACCCAGCCCGCCGAGAUCUGGGUUCGCGGCCCCAACGUGGUGAUGGGUUACUAUAACAACGACGAGGCUACCAACAGCUCGUUCCACAUCGACGAGGCUGGUAAGCGGUGGUUCCGCACCGGUGACAUUGGAACGAUCGAUCCCGAGGGAUACGUCUCUAUCCACGACCGCAUCAAGGAGAUGAUCAAGUACAAAGGUCUGCAAGUGAUUCCCAGUGAGCUGGAGGGUAAGCUCAUCGACCACCCGGACGUGGAGGACGCGGCCGUGGUGGGCAAGUGGGUGGACGAGCGAGCUACCGAGUUGCCGGUUGGAUUUUUGGUUCUCAGCCGCCAGGCCAAAGACCGCGAUGAGAAGACCGUCAUUGCCGGCAUCAACUCAUGGCUGAAUGAGCGGGUCGCCAACCACAAGCGUCUGCGGGGUGGGAUCCAUCUUCUGGCGCAGAUUCCCAAAUCGCCCAGUGGAAAGAUCCUGCGUCGGGAGGUCAAGGAACUGCUGAAGAGCAAGGCACCCAAGGCUCGUCUGUGA